AUGAUCCAGCAACAGCUAAAACAGCUCCUGCCAGGGAGAGAGGUGGAUCCUUCUGCUGUCCUAGUCUUGCUCUGUGGCUCAGCAGCAGCUGUGGUGGUCUGGAAAUGGCUGAGCAAAAGGCAAAUCGAAAAGAAAAUGGAAGAGGCUCGGAGGACCCGGGAUGAAGGUGUGAAGAAAAUGGCAAAGAUUGUCCAGCAGUUCAGGGAGCAGAUCCCUAGUGUCCAGACAGAUGCUAUCCUGUCCCUGCCCCUGCUGGAACUCGCUGGGAGACUGCAGGAAGGGUCUCUGUCCCCCAGGACUGUCCUCUACACCUACCUAGAGAAGGCUCUGGAAGUGACCCAGCAAACAAACUGCUUGCGACAUUUUAUCCCAGAGUGUGAGGAGCAGCUCCAGAAAAUAGAACAGCAGAAGGAGAAAGGGCUGCUCUAUGGCAUCCCCAUCAGCAUCAAGGAUCACAUCGGCCACAAGGGGCAUCUGUUAACCUGUGGGCUCGUGCAAUGCCUGGGCACUCCAGUGCAGGAUGACAGCGUCCUAGUCAAGGUUCUGAAGAAACAGGGAGCCAUCCCAUUUGCAAUGACCAAUGUGCCACAAACCCUCUUCUGCUAUGACUGCAGCAAUCCCAUCUUUGGCAAGACCUUGAACCCUUUCAACCACCAGAAGAGCUCCGGGGGCUCCUCAGGAGGAGAGGGAGCUCUGAUCGCAGCAGGAGGCUCCAUUCUGGGCAUUGGCUCAGACUCUGGUGGCAGCAUCCGCUUGCCAUCCAGCUUCUGUGGGCUUUGUGGGCUCAAACCCACAGCCCAAAGGCUCAGCUUGUCUGGAGUGGGUGGCCCAAUCAAUGGGAUCCUGGCAGUUUCUUGUGCUCUGGGUCCAAUGGCAAGGGAUGUGGACAGCCUGGCCCUGUGCAUGAAGGCACUGCUCUGCCAGGAGAUGUUCCAGCUGGACCCCACUGUGCCUCCCAUGCCCUUUAAUGAGGAGGUGUACUCCAGCUCUGCUCCCCUGCGGGUCGGGUACUACGACACGGACGGCUACUUCCCGCUGCCCCCCUGCAUGCGGCGGGCAGUGCAGGAAACCAGGGCGGCUCUGCAGGCAGCUGGGCACCAGCUGGUUCCUUUUUCUCCACCUCGGAUCCACUAUGUCAUGAACGAACUGUUUUUGAAGACCUUUUUUGCUGAUGGAGGCCGUGCCUGGUUGGAUGUGUUCACAGGAGAUAUUGUAGAUCCAUGCUUGAAACCACAGGUGAUUUACUGCAAGAUCCCAAGGCUGGGGAAGAAGCUGCUGGGUCUGAUUCUUAAACCUCUGUUUCCCCGCCUGGCUGACUACCUGAGCGCUUUGGCCGGAAUGCGGUCAGUGAAGGAGAUGUGGAAUCACCACCAUCAGAUAGAGGUGUACCGCACUGAAUUCAUCAGCCGGUGGAGGGAACUGCAGCUGGAUGUUGUGCUGUGCCCUGUCCUGGGGCCUGCCUUCACCACAGGAUACCCUGGGAAACUCCUCACGGCCAUCUCCUCCACAAUGCUGUACAAUGUCUUGAACUUCCCUGCUGGGGUUGUACCGGUCAGCACGGUGACAGAAGCUGAUGAGGAAGAGCUAAAGCUCUACCAAGGAUGCUGUGGUGACCCCUGGGACCAAAUGCUGAAACAGGCUGUGGCAGGAGCUGUGGGGCUGCCAGUGGCAGUGCAGUGUGUGGCCUUGCCAUGGCAGGAGGAGCUGUGCCUGCGGCUGAUGAAGGAGGUGGAGACCCUCAGCCGUAAGAAGAGAGCAGCAUAG